UAAUUGUGUUCCGUCAUGCAGACAAGAACGGAAACAGCAGCUGACAUAUAUGACAUUGUUGAGACCGCGAUUGAAGAAAAAGGACUUGAUUGUGAGUGUGUGGGUGGUGGAAGGAUAGAUCAUGAUCCUGGCAACAAAAGAAUCAAGAUUUACGGAUACUCAAAGGGUUACGGAAGAGCUGACCACUCUGUCACCUUCUUAGUACUUCAGAAGAAGUUUGGGAGUAACUACAACAUCACAUUCAGCAAUGAGGGCUACUAGACGCUACACUUAUUCCUCAUAUAUUUACUGACACAUAGAAGGAGUAAAAGGAGUAUGUUCAGUAUAACACUGAUACUAGAGGCGACGAACUUUAAAAACCACACAGCAUUUUGACUCAGCAUCAUCGUACCUAGAGGAGAAGAGGUUGGAAUAUCAGUCAGCACCUUGACAGACUUUGAAGGAGGUUGACUACAGGAACGUUACUUUUAUUUUACUAGAACUAGUGUCUAUAAAACAUUAAGUUUACAUUUAAGUUGUUGCCCAAGUCAAAAAGAAGAGAAUGAAUCAACUGGAUACCAUAUGUAACCACGGUUACAUGUAUGUACUUAAACUGGAGUCAACAUGGUUACCUCAUAUGACCAUGGAUUCCUGCACCCGAGUCAACAUGGUUACCUCAUGUGACCAUGGUUUCCUACACUUUAGUCAACAUGGUUACCUCAUGUGACCAUGGUUUCCUACACUUUAGUCAAAAAGGUUACCUCAUGUGACCAUGACUUCCUGCACCCGAGUCAACGUAGUUACAUCAUGUGACCAUGGUUUCCUACACUUUAGUCAAAUGGUUACCUCAUGUGACCACAGUUUCCUAAACUUAAGUCAACAUGGUUACCUCAUGUGAUGGUGGUUUCCUUCACUUUAGUCAACAUGGUUGCCUCAUGUGACCAUAACUCCCUACACUUGAGUCACCAUGGUUACAUCAUGUGACUGUAACAACCUACACAGGUUUGAGAAGGAUGGGGAUGGUUCUAAUAUUUGAUGUCAUAAAGGAUUUUUGGAAAAAUGAAUCUGUUGGAACUCUGAUGACAAUCAUUUAAUGUAACUUUAUUUUGUUGAUGUAAUGAUAUAAGUAAGUUACUUUCAGUAUUUUAAAGAUUUUCUGUCCUCUUCACUUGCCAAAAUAGUGAUAUUUAGCAUUAACAUUAACACCAAGCAAAAGACCUCUACAUGACAUUUCAAAUUUGUUUAUGCAUGUUCUUAAAAAAAAUGGGGAACAUGUACAUGUGUUAUGGUAUAUUGUAUAGAUCUAGCUAUUUAAUGUGUGUUUAAUGAAAUCAUUUAAAAUUAAAAUUUAUUUUCAUUCAAAUCUACCUUCUGUACUAGGUUAGUUCUAUUUACCAAAAAUAAAUGAUUUUUGCCUAUGAGUAAAGUUUGUCUCUAUUUAUUGUUGUGAAUUAAGAUUGGUUGUUUAUGAUACACAAAUGUUGUCAUUCAUAUAGGAUCUUACAUGAGUUUCCAUUUCAUAUGAUAUUUAUGAAACGAGUAAGAAUUUUUCAAUUUAGC